GUUUUCUUUUUGUGCAAUUAAAUCGGAAUUCAUUAUCAAGCAUCAAAAAUGUAUAGGAUAGGUGGCACGGCUUUCUGAAGUCAGAUUAUCUCACACAAUCCAAUUUUUUAAGAAUUCAUAUUGAUAACGAAUGUAUUCUGCUUAUCCCCUUCGAGUAAUUCUAAAUCAUACGACAGUAACGAGGCUGCCUAAAGAAAAUAAUUCACUACAACGAAUGCUGCCUGGUAUAAUUAUCGGCACGGAUAAUGAGCUCUCGGCGGAAGAGUGGGGAUCGCUUUGCGCACCGUACACUUAUGGCAAUAAAUCACUUCUGCGCAGGUCCUACCAUUAGGGUAGGAUUUCAAAAAAUCUUUCAGUGUUAGAUACCCUUAAUAUUUAUCGAGGAACGAUAUCUUAUAGGCUACUUUUAUCCGGGUGCGCGAGAUAGUUUUUGGGUUUGCGGGUGAAAGUGUGUUUAUUAUUUAUUAUCUGAUUAUUAUUUAUUAUGAGAUUUUAUAAUCUGGUAACUGGUAACCCAUGAUUCCUGAAAAAAUGUCAUGUCAGUGUCAAAAUAAUUAGGCCAUGUGUGUGUGGCUGCGGUAUAUUAUUUUAAUUUAGGCAAUUUUUGUUUAAUGUUCUUUGUAAAAACUCAAUUAUUUGUUUAGAAAUCGAUAAUGGACGAUUUGCAGAAGUCCCUGAAUGAGUAUGAAGAACAGCUUGCAAUGGUCAAUCUCACACUGGAGUCAGUCAAUGAUGAAACGGAAAAGGAGUCUCUGUUGUCACUACGAUCAGAUUUACAACAACUUAUCGAACUCACUAAAGAAAACUUAGAAGCAAUGGUUCCUAAAGACAAGCCUGUUGAACCCCAAACUUCAGAAAAUAAAGGCGAAUUGGACGACGAGUACGCUUUGUUCAUGCAAGAAAUGGCUAAAAGUGGGGCUUAUGAAUCAGCUAAGGAGGAUAAAUCUGACAGUGAUGAGGAGGAUAUAGAGGAUGAGCUGUCUUCAUUGUUGGGUAUGAAGUGUGCUGUGUACCACACACACAAGUGGGGUGGUCAGCCUGGCUUAUACAAUGCUAUGGUCAGUGCAGUUGUACCUCGGCAGGAUAAUGACCAAUUCCAAGAUCUUCAGGUCCGUGUUCUAUUUACUCACCCAACACAUGCUGAAAUGUUACCAUGUCCUUUCUAUCUUGAUGGUGAAUGUAAGUUUGAUGAUGAACAAUGUAGAUAUUCCCAUGGUGCAUUAGUGCAUUUAUCAAAUUUAAAAGAAGCAAUAGAGCCUGAUUUUAGUUCAAUUAAAGUAGGUAGUAGAAUAUUGAUGAAACUAAAACCACCAGACAAUGAGGAUAUAUCCCUAGUCAAGAAAUCUACAGAAAAAUAUCACUUAUGGCAUAGAGCAGUGAUAAAAAGCAUAGAUUUAGAUAAAAGAACUUGUUCAGUUAAACUGGAGCAUGGUGUGCAUACUGGAGAGAAGAGGAAACAGGGUGCUGAUGAAUACAAAGUUAAAAUAGAGGAAAUUGUCCCAUUGAAUAAUGAAAAUGACGAGGAUAGUGACUCUGAAGAUAGUUUAAGUGAUACAGAGUAUCCACAAAGCAAAGCAGUAUGUGAAAAUAAUAUCACAGAUAAUACCAAGCUACUUGUUGAAAAAAGUCUUCUUAAUGAAAAUAACACCCCUAUGGGGGAGUGGGAGCGACAUACUAGAGGUAUGGGCUCAAAGAUGAUGUUAGCAAUGGGUUAUAUUCCGGGAACUGGUCUGGGCGCGGCAAGCGACGGUCGUGUUCAGCCGGUUGAGGCUCGCGUUCUACCAGUGGGCAAGAGUCUAGACCAGUGUAUGGCUAUCUCUGAGAAACACGCUGCUCAAGACCCAUUAAAGGUUGAACAAAAGUUGCGAAGGCUGCAGAAAAAGGAAGAAGAACGUAACAAACGAGCUUAUGAACGAGAAAAAGAGCGGGAAAGACAUAAUGUCUUCAAUUUCCUAAAUCGAACUCUAGGCGAUAAAACCGAGCCAGAUAACGAACCCGAAACCUCUCUCGACGUCAAACAGUCUUCAAGCAAAGUAUUGAACGUAGAACAAUUCAAAAUUACUGAAGACAAAAAACGAAUUGAAAAGGAGAUAAUCAAACUGAAUAGUUCAUUAAUUAAGUAUCCCUCUGGAUCUAACGGGCAUAGAAGCAUUACUCUCCAGAUUUUAGAGAAAAAUAAAGAGCUGGACAGUCUUGUACAGAAAGAAAAGCAGAUUUCUAAGGAACAAUCACAUAGAAAAGACAAAGAAAAAAUGACCAUAUUUUAAUAAGUUAGUUCAAUGUAGUGUUAAGCAUUAUAUUUAAGUGAAUUAUUUAUAAUUCAAUGUUGAAAAUAAAUUAAAUUAUGAGAUA